AUGGCAGAACUCGUCGCAAGCGCGGUUGGAAUCGCUGCUUUCGCCAUCCAGACCGGCGAAAAGAUUCUCAAGCUCAUUGCAUUCGUCGAGAGCGUCAAGGAAGCACCCAGCGAAGUGAAGUACCUCCUGGACGAGAUGAAUGUCUUACAUCGCCUUCUCGCCGAGUUUAGCUCCUCAUACAUAAAAGAGCCUGAUGGCCAUGGAGCAAUGGUGGUAGGCGAAGUGGAACAACUCUGCCUAUAUAGCACGGAGAUGUUGAGCAAGGUUACUGAAGAUGUGAAUGUCCAAAUUUCGAAACAUAGGUUGCUGGGUUGUCUCAAAGCUGUUGCAAAGAAGGAAACUAUUGAUCGAUUGAGGGAGAGGGUCAGAGAUGCGAGGGCAAUGUUCCACCUAUCGAGGCAAUUGUAUUCCGAGUCGCUGCAGAAACAAAACUUUGAAACCCUCUCCCGUCUCCUUGUUCAGCAGGUGGAAAGCAGACCACCACAGUCCAUGGCCUUAAUGAAAUCCGAAACUGAAGUACCGACCUUUUCGAGCUCACCACGAACAAAUGCAAGAGGCAGAAUUUUGGACGAUGUCGAGGCUGAGACAACUGUUGUUACUGCGGUUGACUGCCCCAAGCAGCUGGCGGUUCGGAAGGCUAGACGAAUGUCUCCAAAAUCGAGUCACAUCCUUAGAGUACAUACUCCCAGAUGGUUCACUGGUGCAACCAGGGGCAUUGAAAUUCUGAUGCAUCGAGCUGCCUAUUCUUUCAGUAUUAAUAUCCGAUCGUACAAUGAAGUUCCUUUGCAUGCGCAAGUAAUGAUAUAUGCCCGAAACGGAAAUGUUGACGGAAUGCGGAAACUGUUUGAUCUGGGCCUUGCUUCCCCAUUUGACAGAUGUGAAGGAAAGUCUGUUCUCAAUACUGCUGCGACCUUCUACCAAGCCGAUAUUUGUCGCUUGCUUUUGCAAACGUGCGGUUCUCUCGAAAAUGGCCUAACCGAUGAUCGGUUAUACUCGAUACGUUAUCUUUGGUGCUUUGGGGCCACGGGGAAUCAAAGCAGAUACUUCAAGACUCUAGAUGCCCUCGCUUGGAAUGCGGACCUUGAAGACCCCUUGCUUUGCCAUGAUACUACUUUCGGUACAUUUAUUCGGGGCGAUGCACGAGUACUCACGUGGAUACUGGAGAAAACCGAGUCAAACUACCACCAACAAAGCCCACAGAUCAAAAUCAAAAUCAUCGUGAAUCUAUGUAGCUUGUUGCACCAGCCAAAUCGUGCGUCACUCAUACGCACGCUGCUUGGAACUGAGGGUAUAACUCCUAGUCUAUGUGGCAUCAAAUCCUGGUGUAACUCGAACCUUGUUAAUUGUAUAUCUUGGGCAUUGGGGGAAUACUAUUUUCGCUCUUCCGACAUUGUCGGACUCUAUGGGAACAUGCGGGAAUCUGUGGUGGAUGAAGAUAUUCUUCUUCUAGACCUUUUGCCGCUAAUGGAAAAGAUACUUCAAGCUGCCCAAGCAGGGGUCGAAAACCUACACAAUGUUGGAAAGCGCCUCGCCAGAAACCAUACCCCUUUUGGGCAUAUAAUUCACAGCUUCGGGCAUUUGAGCUGUAUGAGUUGGCAGACACGAUUUGAAGCGGAUCACGUCUCCAACAGUCCAUGCACGCCGAAAGUCAUGCCAUGGUGUCCUCCAAUUACGAAUGUUCUUGGUGCACUUUUUAGCUGGCUAACCGCCUUGCAGAAAGUUGGUGUUGACCUCGAGGAAUACGGACGAAUGGAGAAGGAUAUCUGGUUGAGUAACGAGGUUCACACAACCGUAUCUUACGGUGGUUCAGCUGAGGACACUGGCAGAAAAUGUCGUGCUACCGUAGUGUGCUCAACCGUGAUUUUCUCCUAUGGUCCAAAGCCGAGCGAUUGGAAGUUCUGGUUUAUCGAAGUUCCUGACAACUCCCUGGUCGAGUUUUGGGAAAGUAUUGAGAGUCCAGAAAGAGGAAUGCCAGGUGCCUGGAACGACUUCGAGGAAGACGAAGAUGUAGACCCUUAUUGGAGCAGGUGA